UAGGGCGCUGCUGCUACUUACCGCUCCUUGCUGGAGUGGCUUCGACUCACUCGGGGUCCCAGUCCCCUCGCGCCAUGGGGCCCGCGCGGCGGAGCGUCCCCAGAGCGCUGCGCCUCCUUGGCGGGCUGACCGUGCCAUUGCUGCUGCUGCUGCUGCUGUGUCCACCUGCCGCGCAGGGUGAGCGGGGACCGGGAGUGGAGGUGGCAGCCCCCAGGGGUGAUUGUGGCUUGCCCCCAGAAGUACCUAAUGCCCUCCCAACUUUGAAGGAUAGUGAUGUUAAGAGUUUUCCUCAAGGAAGCACAGUAACAUACAAAUGUAAUAAAGGCUUUAUAAAAGUUCCUGGCAGGCCAGACUCCACGGUCUGUCUCAGCAGCAAUCAAUGGUCAGAGGUGGCAGAAUUUUGUAACCGUAGCUGUGAUGUUCCACCCAGGCUACGUUUUGCAUCGCUCAAGAAAUCUUUCAGCAAACAUAAUUAUUUCCCAGAGGGCUUCAUUGUGGGAUAUGAUUGCCGUCCAGGCUACAAUAGGGACCAUAGUCUCUCAGAAAACAUAACUUGCCUUCCCAAUUUUACGUGGUCCAAGCCAGAUGAAUUUUGUAAAAGAAAAUCCUGUCCUAGUCCUGGAAAUAUACCAAAUGGUCAUAUCAGUAUAACAACUGACAUAUUAUACGGUGCAACUAUUUACUUCUCAUGUAACACAGGGUAUAGGUUAGUAGGUGCGACUUCUAGUUUCUGUGCCCUUGGAGACCAGGGUGUCGUGUGGAGUGAUCCGUUGCCAGAAUGCAAAGAAAAUUCUCAGACUACUAAGGACAAACCAGGAGUUCAGAAAUCCCCAAUGGUGAAUGUUCCAGGUACAAAAGUCCCAUCAGCUCCUCAUAGACUCACCAUAGUGAAAUUUCCAGGUACUGAAGCCACAUCAACUCCUCAGAAGCCCACCACCAUAAAUGCUCCAGCUACAGAAGUCCUUUCAACUCUUCAGAAAUCCAACACAAUAAAUGUUUCAGCUACAAAGGCCCCAUCAACUCCUCAGAAACCUGACACAGUAAAUUCUUCAGCUACAGAAGCCCUACCAACUCCUCAGAAACCCAACACAGUCAAUGUCUCAGCUACAAAGGCCCCCUCAGUUCCUCAGAAACCCAACACAAUAAGUUCUUCAGCUACAGAAGUCUUACCAACUGCUCAGAAACCCAACACAAUAAAUAUUUCAGCUACAAAGGCCCCAUCAACUCCUCAGAAUCCUGACACAGUAAAUUCUUCAGCUGCAGAAACCCUACCAACUUCUCAAAAACCCAACACAGUCAAUGUCUCAGCUACAAAGGCCCCCCCAGCUCCUCAGAAACUGAACACAAUAAGUUCUUCAGCUACAGAAGCCUUACCAACUGCUCAGAAACCCAACACAAUAAGUAUUUCAGCCACAAAGGCCCCAUCAACUCCUCAGAAUCCUGACACAAUAAAUUCUUCAGCUGCAGAAACCCUACCAACUUCUCAAAAACCCAACACAGUCAAUGUCUCAGCUACAAAGGCCCCGCCAGCUCCUCAGAAACUGAACACAAUAAGUUCUUCAGCUACAGAAGCCCUACCAACUCCUCAGAAACCCAACACAAAUAUUUUAGCUACAAAGUUCCCAUCAAAAUCUUCAGCUACAGAAACCCUGCCAACUUCUCAAAAACCCAACACACUCAAUGUUUCAGCUACAAAGGCCCCAGCAACCCCUCAGAAACCUACCACUGUAAAUGUUCCAGUUACAGAAGUCCUACCAACUCCUCAGAACCCCACCAAAAUAAACUCUUCAACUACAAAGUCCCAACCAUCUCCUCAGAAACUCACCACAGCAAAUGAUUCAGCCACAGCCAAAAAAUCACCCAUAUCAAAUGCUCUAUCUACAGAGACCCCACCAACAGCCCAGAACCCCAUCAUGGCAAAUGCAUCCGCUACACAGGCCAUACCAGCAACCCGUAGAUCCACCAAAGCAAAAACCUCACAGAAUGUUCCAACAAUACAAAAGUUUACUGCUGCACAUGCCCCAGGGACUAAGGGUUUCCAUGCAACAAAAAGAUUGACCUCUGCUCAUGUUACAGCAACACAGAGUACAGCUGUUGCUCCCAGGACAACUACACCCUUUCACGCAACAAGCCCACAAAAAGAAAGAGGAACUGCUUCAGAUGCUACCAGCAUUGCAAUUGGUAAGUUUGGUUCUUCAGCGGUUAAAAGAAAUUGUCAUCACUGUGGGAUGUACAAUCCACAUUCCUGGAAGAGAAUCUUGUCUUUUAAGUGUCUUAGGAAUACUAUUAAAAUGCGGUGUUUAAGGGUAUCAAAGAGAAAAAAGGUAAAAGCAUUUUAUCGACAUGUUUGGUGGACACCGUUAGGUACUCGGUACGUUCCUAAGUAUUCCCAACCAUGUUCUUGUUCCAAGGUAGUUUUAGGGCAACUUCAAGUGAUGUGGCCGGUCAAUCAGGUAUUAUUGAAUGCCUACUGUCUCAAUGCAUAGUUAGUCUAGGGGCCAAAGAACAACAAGGAAGAGGCAGGUACCCAUACUGUUUUUAAGCCUCUGGUAUUUUACAAGGGUAAUCAUAAACUACUCCUCAACUGUUUCUAGACUUCUGUUGUAUUCCAGAGGAACCAGACUGCUGCCUUUGGUUACAUCUCCUCCUUUUCCCUUCCCUGUCAGCAAUGUAAAGCAAAGAUAGCUUUAAAAAAUACUCUGUUGCUGCAGACCUAAGGACCUACCUGUGUUGCAAUUUCUUCUAGCCUUUGUUUCAUUCCAUUUUUGUUGUUCAUAAAUGUAUUAUUUGAUUCUAUACCUUUUAACAAGAAUAUUAAUACCUCCUAAAGAAGAUAGUAAAUGAAAUGUUUGUUCAAAAACAAUACAGCUAAAUUGGCAUAUUGUAAGUAAUACCCAAUAGAAAAUACACUCUUACAAAGAAAGCGAAUAUUUUAAAACUAUGUCCUUAUAAGCCAAAGUCUCCUAUCUAUAAAUGUAUGAGUGAGACAAGGGGCUGAAGCUGAAAGCAAGUAUUUCUUAAAUUAUUAUUUUUUAUAGUUCUUUUUAUAUUUUGAAUGAACCACUCCUUAGCUAAAGCAUUUAUCUUGAGAGAUUUGGACAGUUGGAAUUCACUUUGUCUGUUUGAUAUUUU